AUGAAGACUGACUUUGUGGGAGUCUCAGGCCAAAAGGAAGAAGCCAGCGGGGAGAUGGAGAUGGAGAUGCACGGCAUGGAGCCAUUGAACAGGCGAGGUAGCCUGGACUCCAAUCAGGAGGAUGGCAGAGCCAUUGUCAUCCUGACCCUUACCCUCUGCAACGUGAGGAAGAAUGAGCUCUCUAAGGCCACCAAAGUCUUUGAGGCGUUUGAAACUCAGAUCCAUCACUUUGAAACCAGAAGAGCCAAAAACCCCAAGAAUUCUGCUGAGGAUCUUGACAUUUUUGUUGAAUGUGAAGUUCACAGUGCUGAUGUUAGUAUCCUUAUCAUCUCCUUAAAGAGAGUAGCAGAAGAUGUGAAAACUAGCAGAGAAGACAAAGUGCCUUGGUUCCCCAGAAAAAUACAAGAUCUUGACAAGUGUCACCAUCUGGUCACUAAGUAUGAUCCCAGUCUGGACCAUGGUCACCCUGGGUACGCUGACAUCGAGUAUAAGAAAAGAAGGGCAUUCUUUGCUGAUCUUGCCUUUAAUUACAGAGCAGGAGACCCUUUGCCUCACAUCGAGUACACAGCACAAGAGACUGCAACUUGGAGAGAAGUCUAUAGGAAACUGAGCAGCCUUUACCCUACUCAUGCUUGUACGCAGUACCUGGAUGCUUUCCAGCAGCUGGAGAAAUACUGUGGUUAUCAAGAGGAUAACAUACCUCAGCUUCAGGAUGUCUCCAGAUUUUUAAAAGAAAGAACAGGUUUCCAGCUGAGACCAGCUGCAGGACUGCUGCCUGCUCGUGACUUCCUUGCCAGUCUGGCAUUUCGUGUCUUCCAAAGCACACAGUACAUAAGACAUUUCUCUGCUCCUAUGCAUUCCCCGGAACCAGACUGCUGCCAUGAGUUGUUGGGUCAUGUUCCCAUGCUAGCUGACAAGGAGUUUGCCCAGUUCUCACAGGAUAUUGGACUGGCUUCUCUUGGAGCAUCUGAAGCAGAGAUUGAGAAACUGGCCACACUUUAUUGGUUCACUGUGGAGUUUGGUCUCUGCAAGCAAAAUGGAUCUAUCAAAGCCUACGGGGCGGGACUGCUUUCAUCUUAUGGAGAGCUUAUGUACGCUUUAUCAAACAAGCCGGAGUACAAGCAUUUUGAUCCAGAAGUGACUGCAGUUCACCCUUAUCAGGACCAAGCCUUCCAGCCUGUCUAUUUUAUAGCAGAAAAUUUUGAAGAUGCCAAGGCCAAGCUGCAAAAAUACGCAAUGAAGAUCAAGAGACCUUUUUCUCUGCACUACAACCCAUACACCAGCAGCAUAGAGAUUAUGAGCACACCUCAGAAGAUCAAAAGGGCACUCCAUCAAAUGAAAGAGGAACUGAAAAACCUCUGCUUGGCCCUUGAAAACCUCUCUUAA